AUGGCUGAUCUGUGCAUGAGGCUCUGGGCGCUCCAGGUGAACCUCUGGCUGCUGGCUCUGGUUACAGGUGGGAUCUCAGCAGACAAGAACAACACCAGCAACAGCACAGGCAGCGUGUGCCCCUCCGUGCACCAGCACCCGCGGUACGUGGCGAUCAAGAAGAACAUGCCCAUCUACUUCGUCUGCUACUCCGACGACCCCAAAGUCAUGCAGUGGUACAAGAUAGCAGAGAAGAGUGAGGACGUCUGUGGGCUGGAUAGUAACACCUCCCAGUACACCAUCAACAGGACAGACACCUUCAUCAACCUCACCAUCCUCAGGGCCACCUUCGAGGACAGCGCAAUCUACGUGUGUGACAGAAAGAACAUCCUGGAGAAGAAGCACCUGCAUGCGUGUGGGACAGAGCUCAAAGUCGUGGGUCACAGCAGCCUCAAGCAGAUCCAGAACAGGAACACCCUGAAAGACGCCAUCAUCAUCAUCCAGUCCAUCCUGCUUGUCAUCUUCAUCAGCAUCCCCAUACUCCUCUUGCUGGAUAAAGGUGAAGGCAAGAAAGACCCAGAGGAGGAUCACACCUAUGAGGGGCUGGAGGUGGAGCAGAUGGCCACCUACGAGGACAUCACUCCUUUCCGGGACGUGAAGGCCAAGUGGACAGUUGGGGAGCACCCGGGUGAAGAGUGA